GCUCAACUUGAUAGCAGAUUUGACAUCAGUGUCCUGUUCCACAGACAUUAUCCUGAGACAUACAAGGACCAUCAAUCUCACAAUGGCUAGCCAAGGUACAAAACGAAAGCGUGAUCAUGAACCAUCCGACUUGAGCAUAGAGUCACCGCUGACAACAGUUAUGAAGAUCAUGGAGAAUGUGAAGAACACCAUCAGUAGAGCCACUGAUAACUCAUAUGAAGCUUCUAUGAUUCGAGACAUCAUUUCAAAGAUAAAUCAAAUGGAUAAAGUCAGCAGGAAGAAAGCAACCUUUGGGAUUUUUGGUAAAUCAGGAGAAGGAAAGAGCUCUCUACUGAAUGCAGUCUUGGGGGAAAAGGAUCUACUGCCAUCUGGUUGCUUUGGUGCCUGUACAGCUGUUGUUACUCGGGUGGAAGCCAAUCUGGAGGACUCCAACUACAUAGCAGAGUUUGAACUCUUCUCUAAAGAGGAGUGGGAGAAAGAGCUCAAAGAUCUUUUCACAGUUUUGUCAGAUGAAGACGAGACUCAUGAAUUAUUUGACAAUGCUGUAGAAAAGAUCACUGCGCUGUUUGGAGAUGAUGCAGAGAAGAAAACUUUAGAAGAGCUCAAGAAAGAAGUCAAAUUUGCUGAGAUUGAAACCUUUUUGUCCUUCAGUAAGAAAAUCUCAAAAAGUGAUGUCUCUAAAUUCAGCAAUGUUGUUGCAAGUUACAUUCAACCCAGUGAGUCCAGUCCCGGUGACUGGUACUGGCCGCUUGUGAAGAGUGUGACGAUCAAGAUUCCAGGUUGUCAUGAACUUCUGAAACACGUUGUGCUUGUUGAUAUUCCUGGAACUGGAGACUGCAGUAAGAUUAGAGAUGACAAGUGGAAAUCUACACUGAGAGAGUGCUCUAUUGUUUGGAUUGUAAGUGAUAUCAAUCGAGCAAUCACUGACAAAGAACCCUGGGGGAUUUUAAAGCACUGUACUACAGAACUGGGACCAGAAGGAGAAUGCAGACGCAUUAACUUCAUCUGUACAAAGACUGAUGAGAUCAAUCUAACAGCCUAUGUGAGAUCUGCAAGGCUUUCUACAGAUCAACUCACAGGAGACAAGGAAAAAGUAUGCAUACUUCAUAGAAAUGAACAUGCCAAGAAGAGGGUCAAAGAAAAGUUUGAACAAUCCCAUAUUAAGAAAAUAUUCAGAACUGACAAUGAUUUUCAAGUUUUUACUGUGAGUUCCAAAGCAUUCUUUGACCCUAAAUUUAAUCUGGAUCAUAGUGAAACAGAAAUCCCAAAGCUGCAGGAUGAUCUGAGGAUUCUUAAUGAGGACAUUACCAGAGAACUGACCAGAGAUUAUGUCAAUGAAGCGAAGGGAGUUUUGUCCUUGAUCCAAAGUGUCCAGCCGGACACAGACAAGGAAAUGGUUAAAAUGAAAGACAAAGUCUCCAUGGAGUUUGAGGAGAGCCUGAUGAAGGCACUAAAUGAAUUGGACAGUCGUUUUAACACCAUUUAUAGUGUUCUGGAACAGUGUCUCUCAAAGGGAGUGGAAAAAUCUGUCGAAUUAUGUGUUGCUUCCACAAAAGCUGUGAUUCAAAAUGUACUUCAUCAAACCCUCAGAGCUUUGUGCAGGUAUGGUGGGCGCUAUUUCUCGAAAUCUAAGAAUGAACUCCUAGACCUGAACAAGGCAUUGGCCGAAAACCUGCAUGAAUGUCUUGAAGAAGAUUUCAAACAGAUUUUUCCAGUGAGUGGACAAACAGGGAAGUCGGUGCAGGAAGAGAUUGACAAGUUCAGUGUCAUCCAGAGUGAUUCUGCUUCUUUCAGAUCUCCCACAUUAAAUCACAUUCAGAAAUUCAUCAAAACAGAGGAAACUAAACUGAAGGCAUCGCUCAACAGAGAAGUUGUUGAAACAAAGAAGCACAUCUACUCAUCAAUCCAAAAAACUAUUGAGAAUGAAAUGGCGUCUUGCUAUGAAAAAGCUGUAGCAAUAACAGGACCCGGAUCCAUGAAGAAAAGGCAAGAACUGAUAAUAACCACAGUCGAUGAGAAAAAACAAGACAUGUUCAACAAGGCAAAAAAUGAAGUGCUUAAAAAGUUCAAUAACUUAAAGCUCUACAUAAAGAAUGAACUUGAAUCAGGACUAAAGAAAUCAAUGAAACUCUCACUGUCCCAAAGCAGCAAAAUCAUUGAUGGACGUCUCCAGAGAGAUUGAACAGCUGGAGAGCAAUAAAAAGGCCAAGAGAGAAAUGACUCAAUUAACAGAAGAAACAAACACAUUAAAGAGUAACACAUUUGUCUUUUCAUGUUAUUUUUCACAUUUUUAAUUUUUUUUUUAACUCAAUUAUUUGUCUGUUAUAUUUUUUUUUAUUUGUUUGUUUGGUGGAGGUUCUAUCUUAAGUUGUUAACUUUCAUAAGAUUUCUCUGAAAAGUGGGUUUAUUUUAGGUGACAGUGUAUAGAUACACAAAUUAUACGGUAUUGAUUUAUCACAACUGUUUUACAGCAAGAAACGGAAACAUUUAAAAGCUUGAUAUAGCGGUCCCAUUUUCAAUAUCCUUUGUUAGUGAUACAAAUACAAACAGACAUUUCUAAAACACAUGUAGUAAUAUCAAAGCAACAGAUGUUCUUUCUUUACACUGUUAAUGUUAAAAAUGUAUUUUUUUCUCAUCUCAUGUACAUCUUUUUUUCUUUCAAAGUACUUUUAGCAUGAAAGUAAAUGCAUAUUUACGUUUGAAGUUAGCAAAUAGUUAGAAACACUCAUCUGAAUAGGAGCAGGAAGUCUGAAACAGCGGCUCACUCACAGCACUCAUCAAACAGACAGAGCUGUGCUUACCAGGAAACAGCAGAAAAAUAAACAAUUAAUGACAAAAUUCUUCUAAAGUAAAUAACAAAACAUGAACAUGAGACAAGCACUUAAAAAAUAAAAUCACAUGGAGAGCUAAAACCCAGUUCAGCUGCUCUUAGGAAGAUGAUAGUCACAAGGUCCCGAAAGGACAAAAAAGAUUAAUAAUAAAAAGUAUAUUCAUAAAGACAUUGAUGUCUAUUAUUUCCUCCUGUAAUUGUAUUUAUUGGGCUUUGAUUAUGUAAAAUGUGAUUGAUGUGAGUAAUGAAUAAUGAAUCCAAAUAUUUUAAUAAUGUUUAAGGGAAAAUGUCAACGCUUUUUUUUUUUUUCUCUGAAUAAAUAAAUAAAUAAAUAAACAAUUA